CCCGGCUCGGUGACCGACGCUCUCCGGGCGCUGUGCGGCAGCGGGCCUGCUUGGAGAAGCUCGAAGGGGGCCCGUCAGCCAAAUGCCGGGGAGCCUUGAUCGCCCCGAGCGGGGCCCUUGCCACGAUGGGGGAAGAGCUGCUCGGACCAGGGCAAGCGGGACACGCUCAGUGAGGAGGGGAGCUCUGUGGAACUUGCUACUCAGCGGAGCUCCAGGGUCGGGGCUGUGGACCCGUUUCCGCAUGCUGGUUCUGGAGAACAGCCGCCCUUGUGGCGUCCUGAACGCGUGAAGGGGGCACUGUUUGGAAGCAGCAGCCGCGGGCUGGGAUUUCUGCCUUGCCUUUCAAAUGGAGACUAUUCUCUCAAAAUGGUUUGCUUUUAUUAUUUGGAUUAUGCUAUCAAAGAAUGGCAUGAUUUUGAAAAGAAAAACCCAUUUUUUCACUUUGUCAAUAGUGAAAUAGCAGCAACAGUUACAAUAUAACUUACAAUGAACAUGUUCAAUUAAAAGUAGACUUUAAAUGUUCAGGCAAUGGAGUGUGCCAUCCUGUGUUCCCAUCUUAUCAGAUGGGAGCCUCUUAACUCUGAAGUUUCCAUGGUUCCAAUAUCCAAAUGUGCUGUUUGCAGCCUUGGGGAGUGGCAGAGGUGAUGUACACAUUCCUGUUUUACUGUCCUUGCGUUCUCACUCUAGAUGGGUGUUAAAGGAUAUGUUUCUUCAUAUCCUGACCAUUCUUGCUCCCUUCCCUCCACAUACUCUUCUGCAGACCUCCCUAGGGCUCCUUGUGCUUUUAGAACCUCAGAAUGCAGGCAGCAACUGUUCUUUCUGCAGCAAUUGCAGGUGGUGAGGAGGAAUAAGAUACCAGAACCCCCUCCUGAGGCUGAAGGGACUGUGGGCCUGGAGGGACAUUCCAGAGAACCUCAUGGUUCUUGGGAUGCUCUCCUGGCAUCUUUGACACACGUAAAAGCAGGAAGCAAGGGAGUCAAGCACACAUCCCAUGAAGACUUCCACGGUGAUGGGCUGCCACUGAAAUGGCUUUAUCUCUUGUCCCUGCCAGUGUGAUGGUCCUUACUGCUAAGCCACCUUGUGUUCCUCACUGGAGGGGAAAAGGCAGGAUGCAUCUCUGCAGGGAAAACUAGCAGAAGGGCUGGACACACUUCAGGUAAGCUGGCAAAAUUGUGAUUCUUUCAUAAGAAAGAAUUUGAAGGAUAUGAUUCUUUCCUUCGAGGGCCCAUUGAUGGCUCUUGAAGGUGACUCUUGUGGAUUUUCUCAGCUAUGUCUAUUACAUGUUCCAAAGUAUCCUUUAGCUUUACUAGGACUAGAAGCUUUAAUUCACUUUUAAUUGGUGGAUUCAUCAACUACAAACUAUACUUAAUAUUUAUAAGCAACAGGCAAAUUUUAAUUUUUGAGUGCUAAGCUCAGUCCUAUUCAAUUGGUGAAAUUACCUUUGUUCCGGUGUGAUGCUGUGGCAGGAAAUGAAAAAGGAAAUCUUAAAAAAAGCCUCCCCUGCUAAUAAUGAGUGUGUGGAUUAAAUCAUAACAUACCUUAGGUGUCCUUCAAUAACCUCAACAGGCACCUAUGAUGGAGUUGGCCAAAAGUUGUCUAAUUUCACAUUUUAAAAAUCUGUCAUUGUUUGGCAGUUCCAUGAAAAGUGAAAUCGAAUAAAUUGUGCUGCCAGGGUUGAUGUUUGCUUGUUCUUGGCUUUUGAAUUGGAAUAGAAGGUGGAUGCUGUUGUAACUGAUUGGCAACCAUGUUUUGAUACCUUGAAGCCUUGUGUCUGUGAAAGUGAUGUUUCUAGAAUCUCAAUGUUCACAGACUGCCUCUAUGAUAUAAACAGAGUAGUCCUCCCUGACCUGGGACCCUCCUGAUGUGCUGGACGGUGACUCCCGUCAUCCUCAGCCAGCAUGCCCUCCAUGGGCAUGGUGACAUGGCAGGGCUGGGGAAGACUGAAAUAGCAUAAGGCGUGGCAAGGUAGGAGUUGACUGAGCAGACACCCUAACACGGACUGGCCCCCCGCUGGAUCCGCUUCUGUUGGCGCAGAAAGCAGCCAGACUUUACAGGAUCCGAGUGCUGACCUACGUCUCCUGCUCCAGCCCCUCUCGAAAGGGAUCUCGUAGUGUUCCCACCAUCCACUGUGAGACAGAGGAUUUCACCCUGAGAAAUCAGAGGCAAACAGACCUUUCCCAGCUGAAUGCAGGUGGGAGUCCAAGAAACUCAAGUAGAGCAACAGGUUCUUGCUGGUUCUGGGCUGAAAAGGUAAUUUGAAUGUUUAGAUACCUGCUGCUGCUGGAGAAGCUUGGCAGUCGGCUCCCUAAGUGAAUUGCUCCGGUCUUCUCCUGCUUCCAUUUUUUUUCUGUAAUCGUCCAGUAGAGUUGCCUUCGGUAGGCCAAUGAGGUGGCAGAUAUAAAUACUUGGAAACCUUCAUCAGCAUUUUGGCUCUUCUCUGGCUGUGCUCUUCUGUGUAUUUGUUCCUGCCCCAGAAAUUCAAACUUGUAAGUGGUUACACACUUGAUCCCCCAAGGCAGGGGUGAGCAGAAGGUAGAUCUCAUGCUGGUUUUGGAUUUCCACUCCCAUAUCUACUUCUUGCCCAUGUCUGACUUACAGCAAGUGAGGAGGGCUUGCAGGGGGUGAGAUGGAUAAGCUUUUAGGACAGAGACCAAGGAGGAUCAUGGAAAGUUCUGGGGAGCUAGCAGCUGUUCUGUACUUACUUGCAAGACUGGAUGUAUCCCUGGAGCUCCAUGGGAAGCGAGGAGGGAUUCUGGCUUCUCACACUUCAGAUAUCAAAAGUCUUCCUUCCAGAGUGAUCUCAAGAGCUGGAGAAGGCUAGCUCACCCUUUUCUUCUCCUAGUGAGUCCAAGGCCUAAGAAUAGCUCUUUAACCUUAUAGAAGCAAGAGACUGUGCCGCUGCCUUUCUUUCCCCUGUUCUUGUUGACCAGGGGAAGCAGCAAGGCAAGUGGAAGGGGAACCAUGCCAGCCUACCCUGCCUCCAGGAGUCGGAACACAUGGAACUGGCUGCUUGCCAUGUGAGCAACUACAAGAAAUGCGCGGGCAGUGCCACCCUCUGGGCUUAAGGAGCCACUGUGGCAAAGCUCUUUGCCAUGUCUGCUCCAGGUGCUCCCUCCUACUCUGCCUGCCCAUGGCCAUUCAGCAUAAUCACUGCUCACAGCAUGCAGGAGGCAGAUUGGGAGCCAAAGAGAAAGUCUGCUGAAUUAUGUGUUGCGCAGUCUGCUCCAUGCCAGGAGCUGUGAGUAGUUCAGCCGUCUUCCAGCCUUGUUAAGCCUGUCCUUGGGCUUGGCUCUGCUAGCAAAAUGCUGCUCUGAGCCUCCUGAAAAAGGUGAGGCAUGAAUAUAGUACUGCUAAUACCAUGCAGUGCAUUUGGGGACCAUCCAUAAGCUAUGAGUGGAAUGUUUGUGGCCGAGAGCAGCUGGGGCUUUGCUCAACCCGGGGGGGGCUGGAUGUUUCUUUGGCCCCAUCCAUGCCAAGUCGUUGCUGAGGCCAUCCAGGAUUUCUGGAACUGGCUGAACUCAGUCUGACCAAAACCUGUCCUGAGUGCUUCUGUCGUGCAGAAGUAGCCUCUGGUACUGUGCUUGUGGCCACAUCUGCAAAAUAAUAUAAUGGUGACUUUGGAGUCUUCCUUUUUCAGUUGUAAUACAGAUUCUUGGCUGGGCCAGAAGAAAAGCCAGGAAUGGCCAGCAAAGGGCCUGCAGCUUCUGCUUCCUCAGAGAGCUCCAAUGCUGGUGGGACCAGUGGCAGCAGCAGCAACGGGGAUAAUGCAGGCCAGGAUAGCACUUUUGAGUGCAACAUCUGCUUGGACACUGCCAAGGAUGCUGUGAUCAGCCUGUGUGGGCACCUCUUCUGUUGGCCUUGUUUACACCAGUGGCUGGAGACCAGACCCAACAGGCAGGUGUGUCCAGUGUGCAAAGCAGGAAUCAGCCGCGACAAAGUUAUUCCACUUUAUGGAAGGGGUAGCACUGGACAACAGGAUCCCAGGGAGAAGACGCCGCCACGACCUCAGGGCCAGAGGCCCGAGCCAGAAAACAGAGGGGGCUUCCAGGGGUUUGGAUUUGGUGAUGGAGGGUUUCAGAUGUCAUUUGGAAUUGGGGCAUUUCCUUUCGGUAUAUUUGCAACAGCAUUCAACAUAAAUGAUGGCCGGCCUCCCCCAGCUGUUCCAGGGACACCUCAGUAUGUGGACGAGCAGUUUCUCUCCCGCCUCUUCCUGUUCGUGGCCCUGGUGAUCAUGUUCUGGCUCUUGAUUGCUUAGCUUGGCUCCGGCCUCAUCCUGUGCCACAGCCUGUGGGGCUCUGGCCGGAUCACAGGCUACUUCCUCUCCCUGUCCCACUGUCAGCCUCGUGGUGUCUGGGGUGAUUGGUCAUGAAGGGCUCCUGGAAGCUGCAGCCUUGCAGUGUGAGAAGAAACCUCACCAGAGAUACGGAAUCAAAGCUCUUCCUCACAGCCCUCUCCUGUUUAGCCGGCCUCAUGGAACAGGCGCCCAGCCACACCUGGGGACUUGGCCUUGAGCUCCAAACUCCAAGAGGGACUCGUGUUUGAAACUAUGUGCCAAGCAUCCAGGGCAGGUGCUGGCCCUGGAAGGGAGAACAUGCAACAGUUAGGAAUGGACUCUUGCCAUGUGGCCUAGCAUCUUGCAUCCCAGCUGCAGUGAGGGAGGAUCAGUUGACCGAUGGUCCAGACUUCAGUGGCAUGUGUUGAUCACAGUCCCGCUCGCUCCAAGACGCCUCUUCUUGUGCAGAACUUAUGUAAAGCAGCACCUGCCUGAAGAUGGAGUCAUUUCAGGACUCUCGGGUUCCUGCUGUUGUCCACCCAAGUGAUCGUGGACCGUCUUUCACCGUUUCCAAUGACUUUAAAAGUGGAAGGAUAAGAGAACCUUUGAGCUGAAAAAGUAAAAUGCUUAAAAUUAUUGGAAUCAGCUGGGGCAAGUUUCUCAGUUCCAGAUUAGGGUGCGGCUGUUACACACCAGAGGGCUUCUCUGUGGCUGUCGCACAGCACAUGUCCUCAAUGAAAAAAGCAGUGUUUUCCUAAAGUUUGUGUAGCUUCAGCUUUUAAUUUGGAUAGAUACAGCUGUGUCACCCAUAACCAAGCAGGGUUUUCCACAUCGUGAACACCUCAGUCGGGGAGGGUGGAUGGUAACCUCUUCUUGAGUAUCUGAGUAUUGCAGCACCUCACACCUACCCCAGCCUAUGGUUAUACUUGUUAUGUUCUUUUUUGUAUGUUUGGCCAGGGCAUACAAGAUUUCUGCUAAAGCAGAGCUUGCUCAUGCACUCUGAGCCAAGGGUCCAUUAGUGUGUAAGCUUUUUUAAAUUACCAAAGAUAUUCAUUUGAAGACUAGAACUGUGGCCCAACCCAGCAGUAAGUUCUCUACACCAACCCCAUUGAAAUGAAUAGGUGCCAUACUCUUGGUGGCUUCAGUGGGAUUUGUAUAGAAGAGCAUCCCCCUAGUUUAUGCCGGAAGUCGGGUGGCUUGGAGAACAAUGCACAGAGCAAAUUCCCUUUGGGGGCUGCAGGAGUGAGAGGAGGGAUCAGCGGAUACCUCAGUUUGACCUUCUUGCCAAUAGAAGGAUGUUUUAGUCUUUAUUGUGCAUUGGGUUAAUAUUCUCCGUGCUGCUCUUGACAAAACAGGCUAGCUUGCUUACAAAAAAUCAGAAUAGUAAUAUUGAAUAUUGCUGAAGGAAGCUUGUUUUUUCUCCAGUUUCAGACCAGGCUUGGGGAGGCAGAACCUGGAAAUACCUGGAUGGUGCCACAGUCUGAAUCUAUACCAUCUCACCCCACUAGGAUAAGCAUACAUGAGGUGGAAAUACCAGGCAGUGUGAAAUUUCUGAGUCAGUUUUUGCAAGCAUUAAUGUGCUUUCAGUGUUGGGAUGUGAUGGCCAAGCAGCUUGUAUGAUUCUUGAAAGAGCAGUAGCACUGUAAGGUAUCUCCCUUUUGUGAGCAAUUCUUCUGCUGUGGUUUUGGAAAACGUUCCAGACCUUGACACCAAGUCAGCCAUUCCCAACUUGGUGCCCUUCAGAUGCAUGGAGCCACAGCUCCAGCAAUCCUCUAGCCAGGCUGAGAGAGACUGAGCAAGGGGUGAUGCCUAGGUUUUUUACCACUUGGAUUAGUUUUGUUGAGGAAAACAGCACCGCCUGCUGUUGACAAGGGAAGAUUAAGCUGCAUCGCUUAAUGCGUAAGGGAUUUUUUGUAUUGCCUUUCUUCCAUUUACUGUUCAUUGAAUUAUGUACUGUGGAACUAAAGCUGUGUUUUAAUUGGUUCAAUAAAGGUCUUUAUUGCCAGACACAUAAAAAUAAGAUUUGUGGUAAUUGGGGAGGAGAUUUACAAAAUUUGGAUGGUUACAGCUUUAACUGAUACUAGGGCAAAUUACUUUGGGUCUCUAAGUGUGAAAUUCUGUACUUUGCAAGCUGCAUUCUUGAAUGGAUGGGGCUGGCUAGGCUAAGGGGCACAAACUCAUCUGAGUUAAGAUGCUGUGCUGGGUUGGGACCUGUUGAUAUGAACGUGGCUUGUGCUGCUGAUAUUCCUAACAGUGACAUCUCAGUAUAGGACGGAAACAACAAAAGCACAUGGCACCUGCAAGAUUAACAGAUACAUUGCAAUUUAAGCCUUUGUGGAUGGUAAAGCCCCUUGUUGAGAUGCGUCUAUUGAAGUUCUGUCUGAAUUGGGCAGAAACCUCCUUAGCCAGACUUGUCCUUAAGCUGCCACAAGAUCCGCAGCUCUUUCUGUAACAACGGGUUAACACAGCUAGUACUCUGGAAUUUCAUAUUUCACUGGUGGAUUUGAAACAGCCUCUGCAUUUCUCCUUUAUCUUGUCACCCCCCUGCUGUGUUUUCUGUUCUGUGUUAUUUCCAUCCCCCUUCAUGCAUCUAGAUUGCACCUGGCUUGGGGUUAGUAAGAGCAAAGGCCCACUGGCAACACUGCUGUUCACUGACUCUGCUGUGAAAGUCGUUUGGAAUAAAUACGUUUUCAUAUCGUC